CUAAAAGACAAAAAAUCUAAAUACAAUAAGGCAGAGGCAGACACAGGCGAACCGAAAUCGGGGAUUGCGAGUGAUGAAAAGCAUUCGCGAGGGAUGAGUUUCUUACAGGGAAUAAUUGAUUCCUUCAACUCCAUCUUCGUCUCCGAUAACAAUCCCAAUUUUCCUUCAAUGGAAGCUCCUUCUCCUUCUCCUUCUCCUUCGGUUUCCAACGAGCGCGUCGCCUACAAGCUCAAAGGCUACUUCGAUUUGGCCACGCAGGAGAUCGCCAAGGCCGUUAGGGCAGAGGAAUGGGGCUUAGCCGACGACGCGCUUCUUCACUACAGGAACGCCCACUCCAUCCUCGCCGAAGCCACUUCCACUCCCGUUCCCUCCUACAUCACUUCCAGUGAGCAGCAGAAGGUGCAGUCCUAUCGCCAGAAGAUAUCCAAAUGGCAGAGUCAGGUUUCUGAGAGAUUGCAGACUCUGAGUAGACGAGCUGGUAGCUCGUCUUCUAAUCAGAGCACCUCAAACCUUGUCCAAACUGCUGCAGUUCCGAUUAAGCCAUCGAGUACUAGAAAAAAUGUGCUACAAAAGCCCCCUCAAAGAACAGGUCAGGUGAAUAACGUUGGAAGCCCCAAACCUAGUCAACCGUCUGGUGGAAAUUAUGAUUCCAAACUAGUUGAAAUGAUUAACACUGCCAUAGUAGAUAGAAGCCCCUCUGUUAGAUGGGAAGAUGUCGCUGGGCUUGAAAAGGCAAAGCAAGCUUUAAUGGAGAUGGUUAUUUUGCCAACUAAGAGAAGAGACUUAUUCACUGGUCUUCGAAGGCCAGCCCGAGGUUUGCUUCUCUUUGGUCCACCUGGUAAUGGAAAAACCAUGCUUGCCAAAGCAGUGGCUUCAGAAUCACAAGCAACAUUUUUUAAUGUCACAGCAGCUUCCUUGACAUCAAAGUGGGUGGGUGAAGGUGAAAAGCUUGUCCGGACACUAUUCAUGGUAGCCAUAUCCAGACAGCCAUCUGUAAUUUUCAUUGAUGAGAUUGAUAGUAUAAUGUCAACAAGGUUGGCAAAUGAGAAUGAUGCCAGCAGACGAUUAAAAUCCGAAUUUCUUAUCCAGUUUGAUGGGGUGACCUCCAAUCCUGAUGAUAUUGUGAUUGUAAUUGGUGCGACAAAUAAGCCACAAGAAUUGGAUGAUGCAGUUCUUAGGAGACUGGUGAAAAGAAUAUACAUACCUUUACCGGAUGGAAAUGUUCGGAAGCUUCUACUAAAACACAAACUCAAGGGUCAAGCAUUCUCCUUACCUAGUAGAGAUCUAGAGAAGCUUGCAAAAGAGACAGAAGGAUAUUCUGGUAGUGAUCUGCAAGCCUUGUGUGAAGAAGCUGCAAUGAUGCCAAUUCGAGAGUUGGGUGCUGACAUUCUUACUGUCAAGGCUAAUCAGGUAAGAGGACUGAGGUACGAGGAUUUUAAGAAGGCAAUGACAAUCAUCAGACCAAGCUUAAACAAGAGUAAGUGGGAAGAGCUUGAACGCUGGAAUGAGGAAUUUGGCUCUAAUUGAAGAAAAUAAACAUCUGUGUACAUACAUAACUGAAAUUAGACAAGACAGACAUCAAGGUUAGUGGCUAAAAUAAUGAAUCAGGUAAGGGUUCUGCUUAUGUUGUAAAUGGCAGCCCCCAGCCUUGAGGCCAUUGUUUUCGACUUAGAAACCUUCAAAUGGAUGCCAUUAUUUAUUUGAUUUUAACUUCUAAUCUUUGUAUGUAAUUUGUGUUUCGGGUGAUUGUAAAUUGGUCCCCUCCCCGGUGGUUUUCAUGUCAGAAAAAGAGAAAAACAGGUUUGGAGACUGGAGUAUGACUUAUAAUACCGGAAAUGAAGGGAGAAAAAUAUUGAAACAAAGGUAUUUUCUUCAA